UUCGGCAUUUAUCAGCGCGACUGACCGCAUGCCGUGUGAAGAGGUUCCAGUUUGUUAGUCCGAAAUCGUAGAUACUGCUUCAUGUUUGCGUAAAAAAUUGUUUAGUGUGGGACGUUCCUUAAAUUAGUGUUUAAUACGAAUGAUGCAUUGAUUGAGAAGAUACGUUUCUGUGACGUAUACAAUAGUAAAUUUUGUUUGAUUGUUCAAUUUUGUGAAUUUAUUUUAAGUAAGUUAAACAUUGUGAUACAUUGUGAUGUGACCUAAGCAUCAAACUUAUGAAUACACGCGCUCUCUUCUUGUUAGUUUCACCUCGUUUGUGUUCAUCCAGCUGUGGACACAUAUUAGACCUUUGCUUCUCUCUCACACUGUCUUGCUGUCUAUCAGACGUAGACAAUUGUUAUCGCUCUCGCUUGCUAUAGCUGAUGUCAAAUGCUAGCAAGAAUGUUUGCAACUUUGCACCGCUGACUCAUCGCCACAGAACGUCUGUGUGCUCCCGAACAUGUGUGUCGUGCUAUUCUCUCGCAACUAUAUGGUUGUCGUUGGUUCUGUGUUUAGUGUAAAAAUUUGCUCGCAACAAUAACGUACCCGAUUCACGUUUCCGGAAGUGUGUUGUUGUGCAUAGUGCAAAUAAAGCUUAAAAUAUAAGCCAUCAACAUCGAGAAGUAAACAAACAAAUAAACCACGCUUAAUACAGUGGCAACACACUAAAUGCAAUGCAUCGUGCUGUGAUAAGAGUUCUGAUUGCCCAAUUGAAAAGCAGACACCAUUCAAUGUUUUGAGUAACCGGCCGGCGAGUUGGAUACUACUGGAGAAUUGUUUUCACUGAGACAAGACACGGCCAGAGAAAAUGUCCCGCACCGACUAUGUGAUUGUAAAGGAUGAUUUAAGUAUCUAUUCGAUACACAUGCUGGUUCCUACAAGACCGAACGGGAUCACUUCUCAUCAAAACGACAGACCAGCAAGAGGAUAAGCAUCAACCGCUGUAGAAGUGUCUGAUACUUCUCUCGAUCUUGCGCCUUCAUCUGCCAAUCCUUUAGGCCCGUGUCUGUGCUCCGUCGGAUGCGAUUUUAUCGGAAGGCCUGUCAAAAUUUUAUAUGGGAUUUGACAGAUAACGUCGGACGUGCGAUUUCGUCGUACGACGGAAUCAAAAAAAUUUGAUUUCGUCGGACGCCGCAAGGUCUAUUUAGGAUAGAGGUCGAAGCAUAGCUUGUUGCUGUUCCGACAUUUUGAAGCUGCGUUUGACACUUCGAUUAGAAAGUGUUUACAAACAACUCACGCAGCAAUCUGCAGAAUCGAGUGGAACAUAAUGGAUACCUUUACUGCAAAAAAACAAGGAAACAAGAGAUAUGUAGCAUAAUUUUAAACUGCGUUCAAUACGGAAACAAUAUUUGUCAACAACGUUCUUUCAUACAGGUGCUGAAAACAACUUUAUACAGCAGUCUUCCCACAGGAAUUUGCGUCUCACAACUUGCCUUCCAGUGAGUUUGGUGAAGGUUUUCGGUAUAUAUGCGGAGAAAUAAGAAUUGCUUGCAAUGUUUAAUGAGGUGAUAUUCUUUUGAAUGAAGCAUGUUCAAACCAGCUUUUUUGUUGUACAAUCCAACGAUCCGGCUGCUGUUCUUAUCAAAUAAUGCUUCAAAUAUCGCAGCGUUUGUUUUACGACCAAAUCCUACAUCCUUAGGAUGAAUCGGGAGGAAAAUCUGUGCUGGUUUCAUGGCAAAAUCUCCCGUGAAGAUGCGGAAGAGAUUUUGCGCCGGGAGGGCAGCGAUGGUGUGUUUCUGGUGCGCGAAAGUUCCUCCUCCGAGGGCGACUACGUGCUGUCGGUGCUGUUCAAGGGCGAGGUGGUACAUUACGCCAUCCGACGUCACGGGGACGAUGCGUUCUUUUCCAUCCACGAUCACACACCGAUCCACGGGCUCGAUUCGCUGAUCGAGCACUACCAGAAGGAUAAGGGCAAUCUGGUGACCCGGCUGCAGGUAAUAUGCCGCAGCGAUCCUCCGCCGCACGAUGUGCGCAGCCACGGCACCACGAACCUGCUGCACCGAGCGACAAAAGAAAGCAACUAUACGGUCGUGUCGGAGCUGCUCAAGUGUGGGUACCGGAAUAUUGACUCCAAAAAUCAGGACGGCCAAACGGCGGUCCACCUGGCGUGUCUGCACGCGGACGACAAGAUUCUGCUGAAGCUGAUCGAGCGCGGCGCAAACAUUAACAGUCGCGAUGCCAAAGGCAACACACCUCUGCAUUACGCUUGCGCGAAGCGGAAUGGGUUGGAGAUGGUGCGAAUGCUGAUUAAAGCAGCAGCCAGCCUGCAAGCACGGAACAGCGAAACCGGUUGGGUACCACUGCACGAAGCGGCCGACAAUGGCAACAUCGAAGCCAUUCAGGAGCUGCUAAGCCAUCGCGUACCGCACCGACCGCGCACCAACUUUGGCGAAAUGCCAUCAGAUCUGGCUCGCCUUCGCGGCCACUACCAAGUGGUCGAGUUUCUGAACGCGUACGAACCGCAGCGACCGCUGACGCACCGGGACCUCUGGUACCAUGGCACGCUUGAGCGUACGGCGGCUGUCGACUACCUGAAAGACUUUGCCGUCAAGUUGCUGCCCAAUCUGGCUCAUAGACAGCAGCAGCAGCAGCAACCGGACCGCGACGGCAACAAAGAGAACGGCGAGUGUCUGGAUGGGCUGGAGCAGUCCACCUCGGGCACGUACCUGGUGCGUUACUCGGCCAAACAGAACGUCGACGUCCUGACGAUGCUUUACGACAACGAGCCGAAACAUUUCAUCAUCCAGCGGCAGCAGGACUGGCUGUACAUUGACGAAGGCCCGUACAUGAACUCGCUCGAGCAUCUGAUCGAGCACUAUACGCGCUUUUCGGACGGGUUGCCAAUCAAUCUGCGCUUUCCCGUUACGCCCGGACCAAAGCCACCGAUACCGGCGUUCGCCACAAUACCGAAAUCGAAACAUCGAAUGCAUCGUACCGAUGGUACGACGGCCGCGCUUCCAUCGUACGGCGGCUCGGCUCAUCACAGCACGAACGGCAGCGGCUCCCUGCUGGCGGCCGGGCUCACAAGCAUGUUUCGCAAGUCUAGUGAUAAUCCUACCACAGUCACAGCCACCCUUCCAUCGAAGGGAAUGCCCUCUAGGAACCUUUCCGUGCCGAACGAUGCAAUGCUGCAGAUGAACCGGGUCGGUUUGUUCGAUCGAAGCCCCGAGCGGUGUGCACCCGAAACGCCGCGACGCAAUUCGAAAGGACCAACGUCGCCCAACGCCCCGGACGAGCCAAAAACUAAACCGAGCGGCAGUAACGCCUCGCCGACUCUCAAGAAAACGCUCAUGGACGGGAUGAAGAGCUUGCGCAAGAGCAAACAGAAGCUGAAACCGGCAGCCGCCGAUCCGGACGGUGGGUCGGGCACUGAAACCAACUCUUCCUCUGCCUCGCUGAACGUUUCUUCGAUCGAGCCCACCGUGAGCCCUUCGAAGUUACUGCAGCAGUUGAAGUUUUCCUCCGACUUUAACCUCGUCGCAAGCUGUGCGGCAUCCGAUGAUAUCUACAAAAUCCCUACCAACAACUGUGCCAUCGUUGAUAUCGACAUCGGUGAGCCACCGGUCGUUGCCGUACCCGCACUGUCCACGUCACCCCCGGUGGCUGGCCUGCAGGACGAUUCGGAAUUGCCACCAGCGAUCCCGCCCAAGCUGUCGGCGCCCUUACUCGAUUCCGUUAACAACAACAACAACGAAUCCGUUACACUGGACUACUUCACCCAAAGCGACGAUCCACUGCGGUCCGACACGCUGCCGGACGAUGCAGGUGAGGACAUUUAUUUCGUGGAAGCACCCAUUCCACCACCAGCGCGAGCGUGCCUUGAAGCUGCAGCCGCCGCUGGAGGUGCCAGUUUGCUCAACAACAACAACACAGUGACGUCAGACGAUCCGGUCGCUAUCCAACCCGUACGCAACGCGCCAACCAACUACAUCAUGACGAAAACGGUACCCAUCUUCAGCAGCGUCUCAGUGGAAGAAUGUCAAACACCGACCAGCCCAACCUGCGGUGGCCAGAUGCGUGCGAGCAAGCUGUUCGAACGGCUCGACUCGAAUCAAUCGUCCUUCAGCCGGGCUAGCGUGCUCAGUGGCGAGAGUGUGUUUUUCGCCAUGUUUCAACAGCAACAGUCGUCGAACACGGCCGCCCAACCCGAGGGACCGAAUUACUUCAUACCGAAGGAAUGCAUCCAUGCCGAGACGGUGCUGGGGCGCGGUGAAUUCGGGUUCGUUUAUCAAGGUUUUCUAGACCCGUGGCCAGUCGAUACUGCCGGAGGCGGCUACCAGAGCGGCGGUGUGACGCACAAAACCUCCCCGCCAGUGAUGAUGGGACGUGUCCCGGUGGCAAUCAAGAAGGUGAUGGACAACCAGGAGCGGCGCGAUCGAACCGAUUUUCUGCGUGAAGCUAGCGUGAUGAUACGGUUGCGCCACAACUGUAUCGUGCGGCUGAUCGGCAUCUGCAAGGGACCGCCAUUGAUUAUGGUGCAGGAGCUGAUUUCGCUCGGCUCGAUGCUGGUGUACAUUACGAAAAACAAGGCUACGAUCAAUCCUAAGCAAGAGAUGAUGAUUUGGGCAGCACAGAUUGCCAGUGGCAUGCAAUACCUGGAGGAGAAACACUUCGUCCAUCGAGAUCUGGCGGCCCGCAAUAUUUUGUUGGCAAACAAGUAUCAAGCCAAAAUAUCAGACUUUGGGCUAUCACGUGCAAUCGGUGCCGGUCAGGAGUAUUAUCGCGCUAGUCAGGGCGGCAAAUGGCCCAUCAAAUGGUAUGCCCCCGAGAGUUUCAACUACGGCACAUUCUCGCAUGCCAGCGACGUGUGGUCGUUCGGCGUUACGCUGUGGGAAAUGUUUUCCUACGGUGCGCCACCCUACCACGACAUGAAGGGGGCCGAGGUGAUUAAGCUGAUCGAGGAAGAUCAGCGACUGUCCCGACCGGACGCCUGCCCAGACAAGGUGUUCGAGGUGAUGCGCAAUUGCUGGCAGUACAACCCCAAGUUGCGCCCGACCUUCCGCUUCCUGCAUCGCUUCUUCUCCGACGACAUCGAGUACCAAAAUCUGCAGGAACUGGUUGGGACGGGUGUUGAGAUCAAUGCGAACGUGACGACACUGACGCAUGCGGGUGGCAGCGGCAGCAGCAACAAAACAGCGACUAUUACGACGGUAGAACCGAUCGAUCCGGAAAUAGCAAGCGACAAUGACGUCGGUGUGCCCUACUGAAAUGUGGACAACUACCAGCGGGCGGGUGGAAUGACAUGUCUAUUCAAUAAUCCGUAUUACUCUUCCGCAAAGAGCUUCUGUAAGGACUUGUUUAGGUUUAUGGUUGCACUGUUAGACGAUCUAUAUCUAUAGUAUUGGCAAGUUUCUUGCAGGGUUUUGUUUUUUUUUUUCUUAUUUUUUGGCCCCGCUCCGUGAUUAUUAAGA